AUGUCUGAUGACAAUUUGUCCCUUAAGAAUAAAUUUCUUGCAUUAUUAUACAACUUUGGGGAAUAUGUUUUAAGUCUAUUUAGCUGGAACACGAGUACUAAUUUCUUACAAUGGAAAAGUGAGGAAGAACGAAGGGAAAAAAUUUCUUACUUUUUGAGAAGUACAAUAACUCUUAAAGAAGGUGGGAAAAAGAGUUACUUCCUUUGUAAUCGAUCUGGAUUUUAUAAUUCUAAAAGUAAAGGUGUAAGAGCUAUAAAAUCACAAGGUACCUGCAAAAUAGAGGGGCACUGUCCAUCUACUAUUGAAGUUACCAGUAAUGGCAUUAUUAAGAUUUUAUAUUUCCAAACACACGUGGGACACACAGUAGAUCUAGAACAUUUGCCAUUAACAAAAGAUUUGCGAGAAGUGAUUGCAGGUAAGUUAAAUGAAGGCAUUCCACCACAGAAAAUAUUAGAUUCCACAAGGAAUAGUAUUAAAGAAGACAUUUACAGGGAGCAUUUAUUGACAAAAAAAGACAUACAUAACAUUUCUAAUUCUUACUGUAUUGGUAAUGAUGAACAAUAUCAUCCAACUGAUGCUGUCAGUUUAAGGAUCUGGAUAGAAAAAAUGAAAUGUUUAGAUGAUAAUCCAGUUCUUUUUGUAAAAUUCCAAGGAGAAGCAGCAGAUCAGCACUUGGAAAUUAGUGACUUCUGCAUCAUCAUAAUGACAAAUGUUCAAAAGCAUAUGCUUUUAAAGUUUGGAUCCGAUAGCAUAUGCAUCGAUAGCACACAUGGGACUAAUGCUUACGAUUUUCAAUUAUCGACAGUUUUAGUCAUAGACGAGUUUAAUUCAGGAUUUCCUGCUGCUUUUUGCCUAAGCAAUAGAGUAAAUUUAGGUUCAAUGCAAAAAUUUUUUCAGUGUAUUAGGGACAAAGUUGGACUGCUGUCUGUAAACUGCUUUAUGAGUGAUGAUGCACCAGUAUAUUAUACUGCAUGGACAUCAGUAAUGUGUGAUGCCAAAUUUAGGAUUCUAUGCACCUGGCACGUUAAAAAGGCAUGGCUGCAAGCAGCAAAUUCAAUUAUCCCCUCAAAGCGAAAGGAAGUUUUGAAAUUUUUAAAUGUAGUAUCUGAAUGUCAUGAUAUAAAAGAAUUUGAAGCACUGAUAUCUGAUUUCCUCAGCAAACUCUUUGCUGAUAGAGAUACAGACAAGUUUGCUAAUUAUUUUGCUUCAAAUUAUGCAAACAGAUGUGAGUUGUGGGCUAAAUGUUAUAGAAAAAGAUGUAACAUCACAACUAACAAUCAUCUUGAAGCACUGCAUCGAGUUUUAAAAUAUUCUUAUCUUGAUGGAUUGAAAAACAAGAGGGUUGAUAGGUGCAUUGCGAAGCUUAUUAAUAUGGUGCAAGAUAAAUGGUUCCAGAGAUUUAUCAAAACAACAAAAGGGCCAAACACAUCAAAGAUCAACCAAACAAAUUUACGACACAACAGAGCAAUAAAUUUUCCAGCUAAUAAUAUCACAGAAAUCAAUGAGUUUUCUUGGCAUGUGAUUUCAGAAAGUGACCCUACUCUUGAAUAUACUGUUACUCAAAUACAUACACAAUGCAUUAAUUGUAACAUUGUUUGUAAAUGGUGCAAAAUUUGUAACGAUGCAUUUGUAUGCACAUGCACAGAUGCCAUGAUAAAAGGAAGCUUUUGUAAACAUAUAGAUGCAAUAAUUUUAAAGACAAGAUUACCUAAUGAAGAACAGUCCUCUAAAAGUAAAGAAUCAAAUACUGAUAUAAAAUCCUUUCUUGAUCUAUCAGCACAAAAAGUUAAAAAAAUCAGAAACCAAGCACCAUAUUAUAGAUCAACUGGGUAUAAUAUCAAAGCUUAUAACACCAACAACAGUAAGUAA